AUGAAUUAAAAUAAAAUUUUAGCUUUACUCUGCAUCUCUUUCUGCAUCUUCCAAAUUUCACAAGCUACCUAAAAGGAUGCUUAUGUUUUGAGCUUCCUCUGGCCUGUUUAUGAAGAUAUGUUUGGUAACAAAGUUUUUACUAAGUAGGACUUUCCUUUCUUUGAUGGAUCAAACUUUGCUAUCAACUAUUUCUAUCCUUAGACUCCAUAACCAGGGAUAUGUAAUCCCCGUAUCUGCGCAAAUAACCAUACCUUUAAUGCCACAAACAUUUAAGAACAAGAUUAUAUCUAUCUUGAAAAAUUCUUUGUUCGUUUUGGUUAGAAUAACUCUUAGACAAGUUAAGAUCUCUGGAAACAUUAUGGAAGCUGUUAUAACCACUCCUAAGCCUAAUAUUUCCACACUUUGUCAUAGGCUCAUCAAAAAUUCAAUCUUGUUGAAGCUCUCAAAGCUGAAAAUAUCGUUCCUAGUGAAGAAAUAAUUUAUGACAGAGAACAAAUUGAAAAAGCUCUCUCCAAAAAGUUAAAUGGAUUGAUACCUGAACUUUAUUGCUCAAAAUUCACUUUUGAUUAAGAAAAAGGUGAAUCUUACUCCUACUUAAGACAUUUUGAGAUUUACUUAGAUAAAGAUCUUAAUCCUACUAAAACUUCUUAUUUGUGCACAUAUGAUUACUGCCCCAAUAAAAUAAAGAUUCCUCCUUUCAAAUUUUGA